AAUUCAUCAUAUAUCUAUCCGCAAUAUUGAGGAUAUCAGAAGAGGAGAAUUGCUUAAAUCAAUCAGAUUAUUAGAAUGGAAGGUAAGAAGAGGUAUGUUGUUGAGAUGGAGAAGGCAAAAGAAGGUGCAGAUGGAAGGCCAUCUGUUGGGGCAGUAUACAGAAAUGUAUUGGCUCAAAAUGGAUUCAAGCCCCUACCUCAACACCUCCAUUCUUGCUGGGAUAUUUUCUGCGAGUCAGUCAAAAAAUUUCCUAAUAAUAUAAUGUUGGGUGAGCGUGAGUUUGUUGAUGGACAGUAUGGUAAAUAUGUGUGGCUGACUUACAAACAAGUAUAUGAUAUAGUGGAAAAAGUUGGAGCUUCAAUUCGUGCUUGUGGCGUUACUCAAGGUGAUAAAUGUGGAAUCUAUGGUGCCAAUUGCUCUAAUUGGGUUAUAAGCAUGCAGGCUUGCAACGCUCAUGGGCUUUAUUGUGUCCCCUUAUAUGACACUCUAGGUGCUGGCGCAGUUGAGUUUAUCAUUUGCCAUGCAGGCAUUUCCAUUGCUUUUGUAGAAGAAACUAAAAUCCAUGAGGUGUUGAAAACAUUACCUAAUACAAAGGAGUUCUUGAGAACUGUUGUAAGCUUCGGAGAGGCGACAGAAGAACAGAAAGAGGCGGCUGCCACUUUCGAUGUCAAAAUUUAUUCCUGGGAUGAGUUCUUAAUGCUGGGAGUGAACAAACAAUUUGAUCUUCCUGUUAAAAGGGAGACAGAUAUCUGCACCAUUAUGUACACCAGUGGCACUACUGGCGACCCAAAGGGUGUAUUGAUUUCCAACGAAAGCAUUCUUUCAAUCAUAGCAGGUGUAAACCAUCAUAUGGAGGACAUGAAUGAAGAGUUUACAGAGAAGGAUGUGUAUCUGUCAUACCUUCCUUUAGCCCAUAUAUUUGACCGAGUGAUCGAGGAAUUGUUCAUCUCAAAAGGUGCCUCUAUUGGCUUUUGGCAUAAGGAUGUUAAACAACUGAUUGAUGACAUCAAAGAGCUGAAACCAACUGCAUUUUGUGCGGUCCCUCGGGUCUUAGACAGAAUUUAUUCAGGCUUAGUAGAGAAGAUUUCUUCCGCGAGUUUCCUCAAGAAUAAAUUGUUCAAUAUUGCAUAUAACUACAAAUUGAAGAACAUGAGUAACGGGUAUAAACACGUGGAUGCAGCACCAACACUUGACAAAAUUAUUUUCAGAAAGGUGAAAGAGGGUCUUGGAGGGAACUUACGUCUCAUUCUCUCUGGAGCCGCGCCACUUUCUUCAACAGUUGAAACAUUUUUGCGUGUUGUAACAGGAGCUCAUGUUCUUCAAGGAUAUGGUUUGACAGAGACAUGUGCAGGGUCAUUUGUUUCACGACCAGAUGACCUAUCAAUGGUGGGUACAGUCGGCCCUCCACUGCCUGUUGUGGAUGUUUGCCUAGAAUCUGUCCCUGAAAUGGGGUAUGAUGCCCUUGGAAGCACCCCACGAGGGGAGAUAUGCAUUCGGGGUAAAUGUUUAUUUUCAGGGUACUACAAGCGCGAAGAUCUCACAGCAGAGGUUAUGGUUAAUGGAUGGUUUCACACAGGGGAUAUUGGUGAAUGGCAAGCAGAUGGCAGCUUGAAAAUCAUUGAUCGCAAGAAAAACAUUUUCAAGCUCUCCCAAGGAGAGUAUAUUUCAGUGGAGAAUCUUGAAAGCAUUUAUUCUCUAGCCUCCACUGUUGACUCGAUAUGGGUGUAUGGUAACAGUUUUGAGUCCUUUCUUGUUGCUGUUGUGAACCCCAAUAAAGAAUGUAUUGAGAUGUGGGCAGAGGGAAAUGGAGUAGCUGGAGAUUUUAAGUCCAUAUGUGAAAACCCAAAGGCAAAUGCAUAUAUUCUUGGUGAAUUGUCCAAGAUUGCAAAAGAAAAGAAGUUGAAAGGCUUUGAGUUUGUGAAAGCUGUUUACCUUGACCCCAUACCAUUUGACAUGGAGCGCAACCUUCUAACCCCAACUUUUAAGAAGAAGCGAGCUCAGUUUUUCAAAUAUUACCAGAGUGCCAUAAAUGGUAUGUAUAAAAGCACAAGAUAAGCAAGCUGUGGAAGGAGUAUUUGUACUUGUGAUGAUGAGUAACCACAAACACACAUUUGUCAGUAUUUUGGCAACAAUUAAUUGUUGUCAUGUGUAUAUCACCGCUUCACACAUUAUUAUAUGUUUUGUCCAUUUGUCCAUCUAUAUAUUUUGUAAUUUUUUAAUCAAAAACUUCUCUCCUUAA